GAGCACGACCGACCGAACAGUUUCGUCCGUGUGCUCCGCGUCGUUGCACGUCCCGUCGUAGUUCGAUUGUUUCGCGUCGCAGCCGCGAGUCCGUUCGUUCGUCGGGAACCGUUUUUUUUUUUUUUUUCGAUUUUUUUUCGUUUUACAUUUUUUCAUCGAUCAUCAAUCGCGCUCGUGUCCGCGUUUCGUGUGCGACGUUUUACACAUGAACAACACUUCCUCGUUGCGAUCCGUUCGUUCUGUUCGCCUAUCAGUUUUGGUUUCGCACAAAUCAACGUAUUCGUAAUUGUAAAAUACCGCGUACGUGCGAUUUCGAGUAAACGCGGUUCGUUUCGUUCGUUCGUUCUCACCGUUGGUCGCUCAUUAGGAUUAACGACGAGAACACGGCCAUCACGCAGAGACGGUGCACGCCAAGCGGACGCGGAAACGCGGGAAAAUUCGUCCACUAAAAAGAAUCCACGUGAGCUCUAUCGGAGAAUUUAAUCCAUGCUUGUGACCCAGUGGUAGAAGGGACUGGGUGUAUGAUGUAAAAAAAAAACCAAGUGAACCGGACUCGAAGAGUAUAUCCGUUCAGGAGAACCAUGUGUGGUCAGGGUAGAAACCGUCCGAGACCUGUGGCUAUGUUUACGUUGCUGCUGGCAUCACUUGUCAACGUCCGAGUGAGCGUCGGAUUGCCAGCAGAAACGAGCGGUGACACCGACGAAGGAUCAUAUUUGCCGGGUGGCGAUACGCUAAUGCACCCGGUUACGGCUUCCAGUCUGGACGCGCCCGUACAGUUGCCGAUAUUUCUGGAAGAGCCGAUGGACGCGUACGUGAUCAAAGGUAAACCUGCGACGCUCACGUGCAGGGCUGCUCACGCGCUGACGGUGCACUUCCGGUGCAACGGCGAUCGCAUUGACGAAUCCAUGGGGCCCAUGGUCACCGACUUCGUGGACCCGCAGACUGGCGUUCGGAACGCAGAGGUCGUCGUGAACAUUACCAGAAAUCACGUGGAGGAGUACUUCGGCAAACACAACUAUCAGUGCCAGUGCGUGGCGUGGACAUCACGUGGCGAAAUAGUCAGCAGACCGGCUACCGUAAUCGUGGCAUAUCUGAAGAAACCGUUCACAUCAGUACCGUACUCGGUGAGCGUGGAAACGGACCGAAACGUCGAGCUCCGGUGCUUGCCGCCGGACGGCGUUCCUCCGCCUAGAGUGUACUGGCUGAGGAACAACGUGCCGAUCGAACCGGACAACAACAUGAUCGUGUCCAGCGAGGGAAACCUGUUGAUCGGCCAGGCCCGGCUUCAGGACACGGCCAACUACACGUGCGUGGCUGAGAACGUAGCGGCCAAGAGACUUAGCGACCCAGCGCUCCUUACGGUCUACGUGAACGGAGGCUGGUCACCAUGGUCGCAGUGGUCCGAAUGCAGUUCCAGGUGUGGCAAGGGGCAGCAAAAACGGACCAGGGUGUGCAACAACCCGGUGCCGCUCAAUGGUGGCAAAACUUGUCCGGGUCUGGCCGUCCAUAAGGCCGAAUGUACUUCGAUUUGUCCAGAUGGCGAAUACAGUGACACCGUGGCUGAAGAAGCUAUCGAUGGUCAUUGGUCAGCUUGGACUCCGUGGUCUCCAUGUGGUGUUGACUGUCGUCAUCAUCGUACUAGGACUUGCACUUCUCCUAGCCCUUCAAACGGUGGACGGUACUGUGUGGGCAGAGAUACAUUAACCGGCAAUUGUUCAGGAGGUUCUUGUAUAGGUGGCAGAGAUGACCCUGUGAAUUAUGACGAUGAACAAUUCACUGAAGAAGCGGCUACUAAAUCUGUUGUGGAGACCGAUGUGGCACUGUAUGUAGCUCUGGUGGCCGCCUCCAUCUUGCUAGCCGGCAUGGUUCUGCUGUUCCGACUGUAUAAGAACAAAGGCCGGGAUCACAGCAUGUAUAACAUGGCCAACUCUGACUUCCAGCCGGAAUUUUUUCCGGACCAAGAGAAAAAGACUUACUCUCUGGAAUGUCAUUCGCGGAACGGUGGCUGCAACCAUUUCCAUCAGGCUCAGCCGGACCUGACCAGAACCGUGGUCGUGGUGCCGUCGUGUUACGAGUACCCGUUCACCAACGACCAGAACGCAUACAGUUUGACCCGGUCGUGUUCGGAACAUCACUAUGACGUUCCGCAUCACAACGGCGGCAGUUCGACCGUGACCACGGCCACCGUCAUGGCACCGCCGGUCCCGUCCGUGGCACCUGAUAGUCCGAACGCGCUUUCCUCGAGUCCGGAGUCCAGUCACAGCUUGACCAGCUACACUUGCUCGAGCAAGUCCCAAUCGGAUUCCAGCGGCGUGGCGUGCCAUUGCAAGGACUAUUUGUGGAUGAAAGAAACCACCGUUUCCGUGGCCGGUUGCCGUCUGGAGAGCAAAGAGUACGGGCUGUCGCUGACGAUCCCUGAAGGUGCCGUCGCCAAAUCUCAAAAGGAACCCGUGAUGUUCGCUCUGUUACAGGACGAAUACAAGCCCAUACUCUCUGACGGACAGACGCUGUUGAGUCCUGCGGUGAUGUGCGGCCCAAGCGGAAUGAGCUUUAAGAAACCUGUGAUCGUUGGAAUGCGGCACUGUGCGAGUCUGAUGCAAGGGCCUUGGGUGAUUUCGGUGUUGAGCUGCGACAUGCCCGUGGGCGCGAAACCCAAAUGGAAGAAAAUCUUAACGCUCGGGGAGGAAACCAUCAACACGUCCGUGUUCGUGCAAAUGGACGCGGAGCACGUGUUUUUGAUGAGCGAAACUCUGUCCAAGUUCGUAUUAGUUGGUGAACCUGACCGGACGGUAGUCAGCAGUCCACCAGCCAAAACACUGAAAUUGGCCUUGUUCGGAUCGUUGAAUCGAAAGUUCAAGUACGAUAUCCGGGUGCACGUGGUUGACGACAAUGGCGUGACUUUAGAGAGGCUGAAGCACCAGGAACGAAGCGUUAGCGGAGGCGUGAUGUUAGACAAACCAAAGAUGAUGUACUUUCAAGAGGGCGGAGGUAACCUGGUAGUGACCAUCGACGAUAUAGGUGCCAACUGGAAAAGUAAACCUCAAGAUAAUUACAAGGAAAUCCCGUUCCAGACCCUCUGGAACUCGAACGGCUUGGCGGUGUUCACGUUGGAGCCGUACGAUCAACAGUACCCCGACUCGUGGGUGAACGUGUCGUGCCGGGUAUGCGUGUCGCAGACUGCGGCCACCGGAUCGCUGCGUAACGUCAAACACACGUUCAAAGUGAACCAGGACCCGAACAGCCUGUCUUCCGUGGGUCAUCAGUCCCGGCAACCGAGGACCGUGACCAGCACCACCGGCAGCGGUUCGAGCGUCACAUCGUGUGACCCGACGCCGUUUCGAUUUGGUAAAGUCUUACGUAAGCAACUAUGUCAAUGUUUAGAUCCGCCAAAUUCUAGGAGCAACGACUGGAGGAUGUUGGCCCAACGGCUUAACAUGGACAGGUACAUCAACUAUUUUGCCGUCAAACCCAGUCCCACCGACCAGAUACUGGAUCUGUGGGAGGCUAGACACAGGGAGCCCACGUCUGUUACCGACCUGUUGAACGUACUGAGGUUAAUGGGUCGUACGGACGCUGCCUCGCUGCUGGAACGCGAACUUGGACCGUGGCUAUGAGCAGGAGCAGGAGCAGGAGUAGCUUGCCAACACUUCUGAGCAACGACACGAACCACGCGCACUCGUUACCGGUCACAGCCACCACACAGCAAACGCCACCGCCACUAGCAGUUCCUACGACGUAUAUUUUUAUAAAUCCACACCAUGCCUUUUUUUCCCUUUUUGUUAUGAAUUUUUAUUUUAUUUUUUCUUCGAAA